UCAGUUUAAUUGUUUCAGAUAUUUUCUAUAAAAAUGCGGGUGGGAGUGGUUGUACUGGGGGAUAUUGGUAGAUCUCCCCGGAUGUGUUAUCAUGCUCUUUCUUUAGCGGAAGCAGGUUUCCAGGUUGAUCUGGUUGGAUAUGCUGGAAGUUCACCUCCUGUCCAGCUUCUCUCUAACUCCAGUAUAAGGAUUAAACACAUGAAGAAACCUCCUUCUCUGCUCUUCCUUCCUAAGAUAGUUCAAUAUUUUAUAAAAGCCAUCCUACAGAGUCUGUAUCUAUUAACCUCUCUAUCCCUGGUAUCUAAGCUGAACUUUAAGUUGAUAAUUGAUUUCCACAACUACAGUCACACCAUCCUAGCAAUGUCCAGCGGUGAAUCGAGUCCUAUUGUUAAACUAACAGGUUUUGUUGAGAAAAUAUUUGGUCAAACCGCUGAAGCUGCAUUCUGUGUUACACAGUUCAGACCACCUGCUAAAUUCCGCCCAAUUUCAAUAGCAGAAAAGCAUGAGCUAUUAAUGAGGUUGGGAGUCACGUAUCCUGAGUUGCGAGGAGGGACGGAUAAAUCUACUCAGUUCACGGAGGAAAUAGAAGGAGAAGUUACCCUUAGAAACUACAGACCUGGAUUGUUGGUUAGUUCCACUUCCUGGACACAGGACGAGGAUUUCUCCAUACUUCUUUCAGCACUACAGGAAUAUGAAGCUAGUGAUGACGGAGACAAGCUUCCUCGUCUAAUCUGUAUCAUCACAGGAAAAGGAGAACUGAAGGAAUAUUAUAUGAAGAAGAUAUCUGAUCUAAAUCUGAAGAAAAUCAAGGUUCUGACACCUUGGCUCGAGGCUGAGGACUAUCCUCUACUCCUAGCCUCAGCAGAUAUAGGGGUAUCCUUACACUCUUCAUCUUCAGGUUUAGACCUUCCGAUGAAAGUAGUUGAUAUGUUUGGUUGUGGUUUACCUACUGCAGCCUUGAAGUUUAAAGCUAUAGGCGAGCUGGUUAAAGACGGAGAAAACGGAGAACUAUUCGAGAAUAGCUCCGGGUUGAGUAGUAUACUGGUAGACUGGUUUAAAGGGUUCCCAGAGAAUUCUUCUCCUAAACAUGAUAAAUACAGAUCUGAGCUAGAGAAGUUUAGAGAGCUGAGCUGGGACGUAAACUGGAGAAGGAAUGCUAUCCCUGUGAUCAGAUCUCUGGAAAUCCAAUCCUCUUCAAUACUUCCUUCUCUCAUCUUCUUCUUAUUUCUUACUCUUAUUCUAAUCUCAUAUUUUCCAGCUGUAAACUGAGGUUAGGAUUAGUUUGUGGUUAGUUGAGAUGUAACAACCAAUCAGAGUCUAAAACUAAAACUCAGAAGCCAGUAUUCUUGUCUUUAAUGAAAAUUUGUUUAAUUGCUAAUCUAAAAUCAAGAUUUUAUUACGGUGGUAGCGAUUUAUAUAAUAAAGACGCUUUUAAACAGAUCAUGGAUGCACAAAAAAGAAAUAAAGCUUCUCUUUAAUUACUUUUUUUUUCAACAGUCAACUGUUCAGAGAUUUGUUUUCAUCAAUAAAAAUGUUUUUUUGUUUUGUUUUUUUUAAUUGAUAUUUUGGCGCUUGGAUUCAGACCCGGGUCCAGGGAGGAUCCGGAUCCUGAGCACUGCAUUUGUUUGUUUAGCUGUGAAGACCUGUAUUUUCUGUGAUCAAAUGUGUUUUAUUGUUUUUUUUUGUCAAAAAAAUAUUAUUACCAUUGUAAAUGA